UUUUCCCUCUAACAUCAUUAGACUUCUCAACUAUACCACCAUAAACUAUUACCCGCCAAGCUGAUAAUUGGCUCGCCAAGCUGAUGAUUGUGAUAUUGUUUGUCAGAACUGGUCGCUUGGGUAGUUUAGGAGGUUGAUCCUUACGGUCAGGUUUACGGUCAGGUAUAUGUUGUUCUUGUUUCAGCACCGAUGAGAAUGUUCCCAGAUUCCAAUUUUGAUGCUUGGCCCGUGAAUUGUAAGUCCGCAACGGCAGAAUUAAACCCCAGCUUACGCAUGUUGAAGUCUCGGUAUAUUAAUAGUCUUCCUAUUAUUUCAACUUGAAUUCGACUUAAAUUCAACCAUCAUCUUUCGUAUUAUUAAACGUCGCUGUUUUCCUCUUUCCUACCUUUAACAGCCUGUAACUUCUACAACAAUGUCGGGCCAACCAUCAUCACGAGAACUCUAUGCCUUCAACGAAGGCAAGACUUUCGUCUCAAAUAUAGCAGUCCGUACUGACGGCACCCUUCUUUUGAGCACGUUCGAGAACGGUCGUCUAUACUCGCUGGAUCCGCGUGCCGAUACGCCAAAAGUCGAGCUGGUCGCUGAGUUCCCCGGCGCCAAUGCGAUAAGCAGCGUUGUCGCAAAUUCACCUGAUACCUUCACUGUUGUCGGUGGUGAUCACAGGCCAUAUCGGUAUGAAUUAGGAUCAAUGAAGGUGUGGACCGUUUUCUUCCCGGGGCCCGGCCAGCCUGCGGUCGUGAAGACGGUAGCGGAGGUACCUGACACCGAGAUGCUCAACGGCAUAGAUUCUCUCCCCUCUCAACCUCACGUCGUCUUGGGCGCCGACUCGGUCAAGGGCCGAAUCUUUCGCAUCAACACCAUCACCGGCGCUGUAGAUGUUGCAUUUUCUGACCCAGCCCUGGAGCAAGACACAGCAAUUCCGAUAGGUGUUAACGGAAUUAGAGUCUUCGGGCCACACCUUUACUUUGCAAAUUCCGCCAAAGGAUAUUUCGGUCGCGUCCCUAUUGGACCGGACGGUAGCAAAACGGGAGAUAUCGAGAUCAUUGCUCGCUCGCCCGAAACAGUAAGCCAGAGCACUUCUUAUGACGACUUUAGUGUAGCACAACCCGCUGGUGGGAAUCCCACGGCCUACAUCACUGCCCAUACGAACAAGGUUUAUUCCAUCGACCUGGUGACUGGCGAGCAGAAGCUUUUCUUCGGCGGAGGCGACAGCACUGUUCUCAAACGCCCGACGAGCGUUGCUGUGGCCAAUGAUGGCAAGAGUAUUUUCGUUACUACCGCAGGGUUCGAAGUUAUGGGCGGACCCGCUAAGGGACAGGUUGUAGAGAUUCCAAUCUAGCGAACGUUGGAAAUGAUAGGGGACUGAAUUGAAGAUCGUUACCAUCGAUUCUUAGAAUAUCGCUUGUGCGUUUGGUGGUGACGACACACCACCGGGCAUAUUGAUAGGCAUAGAGGUGAAGAAGAAGGACCACCGAUUUAGCCCCUUGCACAUCUCAGAAAGCCUCUCCAGGUCAAAUAACUCACCUAAAUAAAAACAUUAGCUACCUACCUAGUUGAUUUCCUCACAAGUCUGUCUCAAAC